UGUACAAAUGAUCAGUGAAACCAAUAGCUUCAGAUCUGAUCACAUUUUUUUAUAUUUUAAUGCGGGAUGGCCUGUAGCAUGAUGCUAAGAAUCUACAUCAGACAUGGGAAAUCCAGUCUUCAAAGGGCAGAGGUGGUGCAGGUUUUUGUUCCAACUCAACUAGCGCACACGUCUUCACCAGUCAGUCUGGUGCCUCUUGUUCCAGUUGACACCUGAUCGGUUAGUCUGAGUGUCCUUGAUGGGUUGGAACGGGAACCUGCACCCACUCCAGCCCCUUCUGAAACAGUUUGGACACCCUUGUUCUCGACUGGAGGCUCAAGGGGAGGAGAGAAGCCAGAAAGAUGUUAAAAUAAACAGACUGUGGCACACAGCUAGUGUAUAAAUACUGCAGCAAAUAUAUUUAGUUAAUGUUUGAAAGAUAGAAUGUGUGAUCCAUUAUGAUGCAUGCAUAUGCAUUGACAUUUUUGUUUGCUUUUUUAACCCAAAUGUCAGCGAGACCAUGGUUUUUACCAGGGUAUUUACGUAGAUGUUCCCAACCUCAAGGGCUCUAGUGAGAAUGCAGCCCACCAUUUAAUAUCUGAGCUCAAAAGCCACCCACAGUAGGCAGUCUAGAGCAGUCAUCAGCAGGGGGCAUAGUGAGAGAGCGACAUCAGCGCAUGGAUGUGGGAAGCUUAUAGUCCAGGUGUGUCUCAAUGCGUGGAUUUCUAAAUCAUUAUACCGUUCCUGAUUGACUGACUGGCAUUCAGCUGCUCUUGUGUUUUUGGCUGAAUGUGCUUUAACAAACACCUAAUGCGUCACUACUUAGAAACUAUAACCUCAAACAAAUACAUCUUACACCACGAUGAGUCUCUGUCAGGUGUCUGUUAGCUUGGGUGUGUGUUAGGGCCGUGUGAAUGCGUGUGGUCAUACAGCAUUGAUGGGACACAUUCUCACAUCAACAUCCAUUUGUUACAGACGCUACAGUAGAUCUGUCUGGAUGGUGCAGCUCUGACCUGAUGUUGAGUUGAUCUGUUGCCCCAGCAUCAUGUGUUGAUGCAGACUGCUGCGUGCGCUCACACAACAUACAUGUGCAAAUCGCUGACUGCUUCAAUGAGUUUCACUGUGCAAAAUGUGUCUUACGUUGUUUUAUGCUUUUGUUUCUGUGUGUGUUUUGCAUGCUAAUCCUGGCUUAUUCCGGACAUGUGCUUUUUGCAACAGUUGGCUCAGCUGCAGAAAGAAAAGUCAGAGAUUCUGAAAAACCUGGCUCUUUACUACUUCACCUUUGUCGAUGUGAUGGAGUUUAAGGACCACGUGUGUGAGCUGCUGAACACCAUCGAUGCCUGCCAGGUCUUCUUUGAUAUUACAGUGAACUUUGACCUGACCCGGAACUACCUGGACCUGGUAGUGACAUACACCACCCUGAUGAUCAUUCUGUCUCGAAUUGAGGAGAGGAAAGCCAUCAUUGGACUGUACAACUACGCUCACGAGAUGACACACGGAGCGAGCGACCGGGAGUAUCCACGGUUGGGUCAGAUGAUCGUGGAUUAUGAAAACCCCUUGAAGAAGAUGAUGGAGGAGUUUGUACCACAUGGAAAGUCGCUGUCAGACGCGCUCAUCAGUCUUCAGAUGGUUUAUCCCCGGAGGAAUCUGUCCGCUGACCAGUGGAGGAACGCCCAGCUGCUCUCUCUCAUCUCUGCUCCCUCCACCAUGCUCAACCCUGCACAGUCGGACACGAUGCCAUGCGAGUACCUGUCACUGGACGCCAUGGAGAAGUGGAUUGUCUUUGGCUUCAUCCUGUGCCAUGCGGCGCUGAACAGCGACGCUGCAGCUCUUUCCCUCUGGAAACUAGCGUUGCAGAGCUCCACCUGCCUCUGUCUCUUCAGGGAUGAAGUUUUUCACAUCCACAAGGCAGCAGAGGACCUGUUUGUGAACAUCAGAGGGUACAACAAGCGCAUCAAUGACAUUCGAGAGUGCAAGGAGCAAGCCUUGUCUCAUGCAGGCUCCAUGCACAGAGAGAGGAGGAAGUUUCUCAGAUCCGCUCUGAAGGAGCUGGCGACGGUUCUGGCGGAUCAGCCUGGCCUGCUGGGCCCAAAGGCCUUAUUUGUGUUCAUGGCGCUGUCUUUUGCCCGAGAUGAGAUCAUCUGGCUGCUUCGACAUGCUGACAACAUCCAGAAGAAAAGCACAGACGACUUUAUUGACAAACACAUAGCAGAGUUGAUCUUCUACAUGGAGGAGCUGCGGGCUCACGUCAGGAAGUACGGGCCCGUCAUGCAGCGCUACUACGUGCAGUACCUGUCAGGCUUUGAUGCCGUGGUGCUGAAUGAACUCGUGCAGAACCUGUCCGUGUGUCCCGAGGACGAGUCGAUCAUUAUGUCGUCAUUUGUCAACACCAUGACUUCCCUCAGUGUCAAACAAGUGGAGGAUGGAGAGGUGUUUGACUUCCGAGGCAUGAGACUGGACUGGUUCAGACUGCAGGCCUACACCAGUGUCUCCAAAGCCAGCCUGGGUAUUGCAGAUCACAAGGAGCUGGGCAAAAUGAUGAACACCAUCAUUUUCCACACUAAGAUGGUGGACUCUCUGGUGGAGAUGCUGGUUGAGACCUCCGACUUGUCCAUUUUCUGCUUCUACAGUCGUGCAUUCGAGAAGAUGUUCCAGCAGUGUUUGGAGCUUCCCUCUCAGAGUCGGCAUUCCAUCUGCUUUCCUUUGCUCUGCACGCACUUCAUGUCCUGCACACAUGAGCUCUGUCCUGAAGAGCGUCACCACAUAGGCGACCGCAGCCUGUCCCUGUGCAACAUGUUUUUGGACGAGAUGGCCAAACAAGCCAGGAACCUGAUCACGGACAUUUGCACGGAACAGUGUACUCUCAGCGACCAGCUGCUUCCCAAACACUGUGCAAAGACCAUCAGCCAGGCUGUGAACAAGAAGAGCAAGAAAGCCACGGGGAAGAAAGGAGAGCCAGAACGAGAGAAGCCAGGAGUGGAGAGCAUGAGGAAGAACAGACUACUGGUCACCAACCUGGACAAACUUCACACCGCCUUGUCAGAACUCUGCUUCUCCAUCAACUAUGUUCCCAACCUGGCGGUGUGGGAGCACACCUUUACACCCCGAGAGUACCUCACCUCACACCUGGAGAUCAGAUUUACCAAGUCCAUCGUCGGUAUGACCAUGUACAACCAGGCCACGCAGGAGAUCGCAAAGCCCAGCGAGCUGCUGACCAGUGUUCGAGCGUACAUGACAGUGCUGCAGUCCAUAGAGAACUACGUCACCAUCGACAUCACACGGGUCUUCAACAACGUGCUGCUGCAGCAGACGCAGCAUCUGGACAGCCACGGGGAGCCCACCAUAACCAGCCUCUACACAAACUGGUACUUGGAGACGUUGCUCCGUCAGGUCAGCAAUGGGCACAUUGCUUACUUUCCCGCCAUGAAGGCCUUCGUCAACCUGCCCACGGAGAACGAGCUGACCUUCAACGCUGAGGAAUACUCGGAUAUCUCUGAGAUGCGUUCGCUGUCUGAGCUGUUGGGACCGUAUGGGAUGAAGUUCCUCAGUGAGAGUCUGAUGUGGCACAUUUCAUCACAGGUUGCUGAGCUGAAGAAACUGGUGGUUGAGAAUAUGGAAGUGUUGACCCAGAUGAGGACGAGCUUCGACAAGCCGGACCACAUGGCAGCGCUCUUCAAGAAACUCACUUCCGUGGACAGUGUCCUGAAGAGAAUGACCAUCAUCGGAGUCAUCCUGUCCUUCCGCUCUCUGGCGCAGGAGGCUCUCAGAGACGUGUUGUCCUGCCACAUUCCUUUCUUGGUUAGUUCUGUGGAGGACUUCAAAGACCACAUUCCCAGAGAGACAGACAUGAAGGUGGCGAUGAACGUCUAUGAGCUCUCCUCCGCUGCUGGCUUGCCCUGUGAGAUCGACCCAGCCCUGGUGGUGGCGCUGUCCUCCCAAAAGAGCGAGAACAUCAGCCCAGAAGAGGAGUAUAAGAUCGCCUGCCUGCUGAUGGUCUUUGUGGCCGUUUCCCUGCCGACGCUGGCCAGUAAUGUGAUGUCACAGUACAGCCCGGCCAUCGAAGGUCACUGCAACAACAUUCACUGUCUGGCCAAAGCCAUCAACCAGAUCGCUGCUGCUCUCUUCACCAUCCACAAGGGGAGCAUUGAGGACCGACUCAAAGAGUUCCUGGCUCUGGCCUCAUCCAGCCUCUUGAAGAUCGGUCAGGAGACUGACAAGAUGACGACGCGCAACAGAGAAUCUGUCUACCUGCUGCUGGACAUGAUCGUGCAGGAAUCUCCAUUCCUCACCAUGGACCUGCUGGAGUCCUGCUUCCCCUACGUCCUGCUGAGGAACGCCUACCACGCCGUCUACAAGCAGAGCAUCAGCGCCAACGCCUGAGGCCGCGCAGCAGAGCAGUGUGUCCACACUCACUGCAACAGCUCACCACAAACACUAAUUCCAAACUAAACACACUAAACGUUGCCCAAAAUGUUGACAAAGUAAUGCACAAAGUCGGAACAAAUACACUGAAGGCCAGAGCAGUUUGUGACACACACACACACACACACACACACACACACACACACACACACACACACACACACACACACACACACACACACACACACACACACACACACACACACACACACACACACACACACACACACACACACACACACACACACACACACACACACACACACACACAGGAGCUGGACCAAGUGGGGAUCAGUGUUUCCAUUUCAAUUGUUCUCUUCAUCAUGUUGCCAGGGACCACAGCUGCAGCAACACAAAGAAUCCAUAUGUUUGGUUGAUAUUAAAGGACAAAAUAUAAAUAUAUAUAUAUAAAUAUAUAUAUAUAUAGCUGACUCUCUAUGGUGAUGGAUUUGGAUGCUUUGGUUUGGAAUGCACAUGAUGUGAUUUUUGCUUCUGCUUGAUGAGGGAUGAGCGACAUGUUGCUUGUUAAUGUGCACACACACACACACACACACACACACACACUUGUAAACGACGUGACGUUUCUUUUUUCCAUAGCUAGUUGUAACAGGAACAUUUUGUGGGUGAUGAUAUGAUAUCUGUACUCUACUUUGAUGUGAACCGUCUGUUUCUAAUGUUUUGUUAUUUUUAUGAUGAUGAUGAUUUUGCCAAACACUAAAGAGGCUGCAGUUUUGGGAACAAAGUUUUGGUGCCGCAGCAACACACAGCCUUCUUGUUCAAAGCAGAACAGCAGUGACGCUCCUCUCCGUCGCUCCUGUGCCCAGACGCACUCCUCGUGCACCCUCUUCCAAAUGUGUGUGAAAUGAACCCCUGUGUAUCUGAGCUGUCGUCCGUCCCCAACACCCUCCUGUGAGGCGAAAGAUCAAGUGACUCUCUCCUGACAGUGAAACGGCUCAUCCACCAGUGACUUUUACGGAGCGCCCUCAGCGCCAGGGUUGCGCUAGUCUCUGAGUUUGGAUCGUGACGUCAUGUUGUGUGUGGCCCGUCGCUGCCAUGUGAGCAAACUCCGACACAUUCUGCCUUUUGUUGGUGUGCAGCGGUUGCUCUUUUCUUUCUAACCUUUUUCUGUGUCUGAUUCCACCGUGUAACUGAAUAACAAGAGUUCAAAUAAAGCUUAGGGCUGUCAGACC